GGGCUCCCCCAGGGCUCCCCCAGGGCUCCCCCAGGGCUCCCUGGAUUUCCCCUCAAUUCGCAGUGCCCCGAUCUUGCGAGUUUCCUAAUCUCCAUGACAACAUUCUUUAUUAUAGGUAGAAUAUCACCAGACUGAAGUUUGUCAAAUAUCAUACGUGCAGCCUCGUGAUAGUCCAAGUCGUGUUGCUCCAAGAAUGGCUGUCUUCCUAUAUCUAACCACUAUUGUGGUUGGCAUCCUUUCCGCACUUCUAUACACCCCUCUCAAGCGUCAGGCCACAAUUAUAGGACUUCUGCGACCACUGAACUCAUGGGAGAAUAUCCACGGUAUCGAGAACCGCGUGAUCAGGGACACUGUAGCUUGUGAGGACCUACAUUACCAUGAACCGUCUGAUAUGCUAUACUCGGCAUGCAUGGGUGAUAUGGAAAAAGCAGCCGGUUGGUUUCCGGGAUCUGGCACGUUAGAUCAUCCCGAAAACCCUAGUUUGGGGACGCUGGUGGUAAUUGACCCAAAGACUAUGAAGACGAAGAAGCUUUCCCUAGAGAAUUUUCCAGCAACGGCGUUCGUGACCCACGGAAUUAGCAUAUACAGCCAUCCUUCGGACCACAAUACUGUUUUCAUAUUCGCCGUAAAUCAUCAUCCAAACCCACUCCAGACCUCAGCUUCGCCGGAGCAGCCCAAGGCAGCCUCGCGCAUUGAGUUGUUCACGCAUGCUGUUGGAAGCGAUACAGCAACGCACCUACGCUCUAUCUCGCACCCUCUGAUUAGGACACCUAAUGACCUGCUCGCGUUAUCCGAAAAGGAGUUCCUCGUGACUAACUGCCACCACUACCGCGAUGGGUUGAUGCGCUUGGUGGAGGAUAUAAGCCACAUACCGUGGACUGAUCUCGUGCACGUGAGCAUCGAUGAUCACGACGUCACUGCCACAGUCAGCCUCAACUCGAUCGGAACUAACAACGGCUUGGGCUGGGGUCCGAACGGGCAGAUUCUCAUCGGGGACGCUACCGGCGGAAAUCUUUAUUUCGCAGGAUUGGAGGCGGAAAAUAAGACCGUGUCGAUUUCCCAUCAUGUACCGGUAGACAGCGUCGUCGAUAACCCCAGCUUCUUCUCGGAUCCGUACAGCCAGUUUGACGGCAAGGACUAUAGCGGGUAUCUUCUACCCGGCAUUGGGCGUCCGAUCGAUUUCGGGACAAACUACAAGGACCCUACGGGACAAGCCCCUAUUCCAAGCAUUGUCUGGUACGUGCCAGUAAAUGCGGGUAGGAAAGAGGGAGAGGGCGGCGAUAAGCAGGCGCGACUCGUCUUCUCAGAUGAUGGUAGCUCCUUGAGAGGCGUGACGACGGCAGUGAUCGUCGCUAUUGAUCCGGCAACCAAUGACGGCAAAAGAGAAGGAUGGCUAUUUCUGACGGGAGUUGUAGCGCCAAAUAUGCUAGCUACAAAGAUCGAUUUCGCUACUACUUUGUAAUAAUGUGUUGGGUAUCGGCUGGUUUGACGACGGGUCUUCGUGAAAUAUCUAGCAUGGGUACCUAGGUACGAAGGUUCCGGCCAAAAAUUUGGACUAUGUGCUGAUGGGCCAAAUGGGCUAAAACCGUGUAAAUCGAAGAGUUUUACACUGUGUGGCGUCCUUUUUUAGUGGCUUUACUACUUAAAACCACUGCUUAAACUGUAGUGGCUGUCCCCUAAAAUAUAAUGAUUAGAUCACUAUUAGGUCUGAGCUUAGCUUGAAAUUAAUAUAGUGUUAAUAUAUUAUUUA